AUGACCUUCCGUUACCUUGAGAUUUUCGAUUGCUUCUUUGAAUUCUGUUACAGCGGGAUUACUUUCAGUAUAAUCGGAAUCAAAGUGCGGAUCAGAAGGCGAGGCGAAGGAUUCAAGAUUUAG